CUCCAUCCAUGUCUGACUCACAUCUAACUUUCUUUUCUCUUUCUUCUUCCAUUCUUGCUCUUCUUCUCAUCUUCAUUUUCAUCUUCAAGAGGAAGCAAACCAAACCCAAGCUCAACCUUCCACCCGGUAAAAUGGGCUGGCCCUUUCUUGGUGAAACCAUUGGUUACUUGAAGCCUUAUUCUGCUACCACCAUAGGAGAAUUCAUGGACCAACACAUAGCAAGGUAUGGUAAAAUUUACAAGUCGAAAUUGUUUGGUGAGCCAGCAAUAGUGUCAGCAGAUGCAGGGUUGAAUAGGUUCAUAUUGCAAAACGAAGGGAAAUUGUUUGAGUGCAGUUACCCGAGAAGCAUUGGUGGAAUACUUGGGAAAUGGUCGAUGUUGGUUUUGGUUGGUGACAUGCAUAGGGACAUGAGGGCCAUUUCACUAAACUUCCUCAGCCAUGGCAGGCUCAGAACACAUCUCUUGAAGGAGGUUGAGAACCACACCCUUCUUGUUCUUAACUCCUGGAAACACAAUUCCACCUUCUCUGCUCAAGAUGAAGCCAAAAGGUUCACCUUCAAUUUGAUGGCCAAACACAUCAUGAGCUUGGAUCCUGGGAAUGUUGAGACAGAAAAACUAAAAGAGGAGUAUGUCACUUUCAUGAAGGGUGUUGUUUCUGCGCCAUUGAAUUUACCCGGAACUGCAUAUAGAAGAGCAUUAAAGUCGAGGUCCACCAUACUCAAGUUCAUAGAAGCGAAAAUGACCGAAAGAGUGAGAAAGAUGGAAGAAGGAAAUGAGAGCUUGGAGGAAGAUGAUCUUCUAGGAUGGGUUUUGAAGCAUUCAAAUCUCUCAACAGAGCAGAUUCUGGACUUGGUUCUGAGUUUGCUCUUUGCUGGCCAUGAAACUUCGUCAGUAGCUAUAGCACUUGCCAUUUAUUUCUUACCCGGUUGUCCUCAAGCCAUGGAACAGUUAAGGGAAGAACACAGCGAAAUCGCCAGAGCUAAGAAACAAGCAGGGGAGGUUGAACUCACUUGGGAUGACUACAAAAGAAUGGAAUUUACCCACUGUGUUGUGAACGAGACACUUCGGUUGGGAAAUGUUGUGAGGUACCUUCACAGGAAGGCGCUUAAAGACGUUCGGUACAAAGGUUAUGACAUUCCAUGUGGGUGGAAAGUCCUUCCGGUGAUUGCAGCUGUGCAUCUGGAUCCUUCACUUUUUGACCAACCUCAACAAUUCAAUCCAUGGAGAUGGCAGAUCAAUGGUCGUCGUGGAAGUUGCUCAUCAUCAAACGGGAGUAGCAGUAAUAUCAACGCCAAUAACAAUAACACCACCACCACCACCAACAAUUUGUUCUUGCCGUUCGGGGGAGGACCACGACUAUGCGCUGGAUCAGAGUUAGCAAAGCUUGAAAUGGCUGUUUUCAUCCACCAUCUCGUCCUCAACUACCAAUGGGAGUUAGCUGAUUCCGAUCAACCUUAUGUAUACCCUUUUGUUGACUUCCCCAAAGGCCUACCCAUCACGGUCCAAAACCACUCAUAUCUCUCUUAGUACUUCAUUAUUAAAUUAGAUCUAGUGUUCAUUCCUCUCUCAAUAAUUAAUGUAAGUAAAGUUGCCUCAUCCACCAAUUGCAUCGCAUCAUUUAAAUUAAAAAGAAGAAAAAAAAAGCUUUUUGACUUUCUGGCCUUCUUUGCUCACUUGUACGUUCCAAGGGGGAAGACCGUCUCAAUAAUAAUAAUAAUAAUAAUAAUAAUAAUAAUAAUAAUAAUAAUAAUAAUAAUAAUAAUAAUAAAAAAAGUACAAGCAACGCCUUAGGACUUAGGACUACUGGACCACUCCUACUACGUACCUCUUAGCUUCUAUCUCUUUAUCCUUCUUCUAGGCUUUAGUAGUAGAAUUUUACUAUCCCGUAUCCGCCCUCCGCUUAUGCUGUACAUUAUUAUUCCUGAAUUGAAUAAUAUUUAUUCAUUUA